AUGGAAGAAAGGCUGUUAAGACUGACUCGGCAAAAUCGACAGUUGGAACAGGAGGCAAUGCACGCUAAACAGACCACAGGUUAGUAAAAUGCUCCUUCGAUUGACUUUCUUAAAUGCUUUUCACGAUUAGCUGUUACUGAGGCCACGUUCACACGAAUCCUGAUAUUUUUAAAACCGCAUCUUUUCUUACCCGGAUCCGUGUGAACGGGGUGGCAUAAACCAGUCUGGCGAGCGUUUUCACCGAGCAAGAGGUGGUUUCGGUUGGCGGAUUCACUGGUUUCGUGUGCACAAAAAGGCUCAUUCGUGCCAAAAAAAGGAUGCGGUUUCAAAAAAUAACCGGAUUCGUGUGGAUAGGGCCUAAAGCUGUUGAGCUUGGCCUAAUUGUUUCUAACCACUGUUUUGUCGUUGGUUUUAGAUAUGAUCGAUUUGAAGAAAUAAUAUUGUAACGAGCUUCUACGACUGAAAAUGGCAUAAGUUUGCAGAAACAUGUCUUGUUAAUUGAAAACUGUUGUGUUAUUUCUUCAACUCGUAACAAAUUUCUACUCUCAAGUCCGUGUUAGAUAUGAAAAGUCAAAAAAGGAGUACACCAUUGUUAUUUCAAGCGAACCUGUUUUCGUUUACGUUUUGGAAAAAAAUAUCGGUUUCCUUUCAGUGAACACAUUUUUCUGCUUUUCAAUUUUUGUUGUAUUGGUUUUCUCUUUGCUCCCAUUCUCUGAUGUGUUUUUAAGUCCUUAAAAUAAUCCAAUGCUCAAGACACGUUAAUCCUUCUUUUCAGUGGAAAAGAAUAGAAUUCCCAAGAGUUCGCGAAAAAUAAAAGAUCUGUUCUUAGAUUAUUUAUAGCUGGUUUAUUUUCAGACGUCUAAGUUUGAGUUCUAAAUUUAAUGAAGACUGCUUCUAAAUCAAUUAGCUUUGAAUAAUUAAGGACAGACUUAGCAUUCAAGAUAUAAAUUGUUUUGUUUCUUUUUAUCGACACUCGAGAUCUGUUAUACAGUGUUUAACGUCAACUUUUUUAAGUAUCGUAAGAGGCCUUGACUGACUACUUUGGUGGUAUGUUAAACUAUUUAUGAAAAAUUAGUAUCUCCCUUUUGGUAUUGGAAAACGUUGAAAGCAAAAUUCAGAGAACUUUCUUUUGUUCUCUGUUGCUUUGCAUUUGUACAUUAAAUGAUCUGAUUGCGCACGACUUUUUAAUGGAUGUUAACGGUACUCUAUUUAGCCCUUAAAUCGUUAUGUAUCACUUAGGCAAUGUUAGAAAUUAAUUUCGUAUAACGAUCGUUCUACUAAAAAGUGAGAAAGUUAGAUUUUGUCUGUUAAAUGAACACCGUUUGUUAUAUAAGUAUUCUCUCCGUUUUCUUUCAAACUAGGAAAGACGAAUUCUGUCUUUUUAAAAUUAAAACAUAAAAGAUGUAUAUUUUAAAAGACAGUCCCUAUAGAGGGAUCGCUGCAUUACAUUACCGUUAACUAUGCAAAUCCGGUUUGUAUAUAACUUUUUAGCUUUUCAGUGUAAAUACUUUUCGUUUUGUCCAAGUCUGUCAGUAGGUUUCUGGCCUUUUCCAUGAUCCGAGAUAGUCCGGUACGCGAAAUUGAGAUCACGCGCUCACAUUUCGCGUGCCUUUCACUUACGCGUCAUUCUUACUAGCUGAGAGCCUGGAACAGGCCAGUAGGUUUGUGUACGAAGAAAAUGUUUGUGUUCUGUUUGUUUACUGCUUGUUUGAUGAAGCAAAACAAAAAAGUGGAUGCGAACAUUAGAUGAGGACGUUGUGUUUAACGUAAGUUUAUGGACAGAAGAGUAAAAGAUAUCAUUUUUGCAGGCAAAAUCAGACCGACAUCCCCGCGCAAAGAAUCAUCCCGACCCUCCUCCCCUAAGAAAGAUCCUAUGAACUCCUCUAGACCUCAGUCUCCCAGAAAAGAACCUAAACCCCAGACGAGAACAGUCGAGACGGAGACUGUACCCCAGACAAGCGUGGAAGCUACUCUGCAGUCAGAUGUCUACAAACUGGAACAACUGGUCUUGUUACUAAGGUAACAGCUACUGCAGGACCGUAUGUAAACGCAAAGCGAAAUACUUGAAUCCUAUUUUCCUUUAACGCAUUCAAAGCAAAGUACCUCCUGAAAAAAGUUGUCUUCGGAUAUGUCAGUUGCUGUGGUUUUCAUGAUAAAGGAAUGAAAUCACGAGCAAUGUCCGAGUUCCAGAACUCUCACUUUCAAAACGAAGCUAAGGGCGCUCAGUCCAUUUGUCAAAACUUGCCGGCCGCACCAUUGCUGGACCAGUCAGUUUGAAAAUGAAAUGGCCUUUUCAAGAGUUUUUGUGGAAAAACCAUCUUUUUCGUGCACUCUAUUCAGUAUUUGACUGAUCUAGCUGGAUAGUUUUGAUUAAAAGUGAAAUUCUCGUUACGACGGGAGGGUGCUGGCCGCACAGUUUUGACAAAUGGAAGCACCCUAAGUGUUUUAUUUCAGUGCAUGGGAAUAAAAUCUGAUUUUCAUAUCAGUGGUUUCACCCAUAGCCUCGCUUUGAAACAGAGGUUUGGGGCAACUGGAAAAUGGCCUUUUACAGGUCUUACACACUCUCAAACUAUACCUUAAGCAUCAUUUUUUUAAAGUAGAUUGUUUCUAUGAUGUACUGCUUUAUAAAAUUCAGCAUUUAUUGCUAACAAUAUAUUUUUCAAUUGCUCCAAUGUGGACUAAUUCUGAAUUCAACUUUGACUGUUUGCAGUCCGCCUUUUCCCGUACAAUCCUUCCAGUUCUUAUCCCAGUCAGGGCAAUUGCAAACGACGUAGCGCCCUCGCCUACAUGGGUUACGAGUAUAGUUAAUUUGCAAUGAACACGCAGACUACACAAGAUCUUUUAAAGACUGCGAUAUACGUUUAAACACUUUUUUUUUCCAAAAAACACCUAUUUUUUACCUGUUGUCUCCUUCGAUGGCCUUCAAGAAAUAAUGAACUUUUGUUCUUUUUUUGUAACAUCAUUUAUGUAAAAAUCGGAGAAUAAAAGAAUUAGACUACUAGCAGUCUUUCUUUUUUCUUGGUCCGUGACUGCUCGCAGUCUAUAAAAGAAUAAAAAUAAGUGACGUUCAAAAAGAAUCCCAAUAGGUUAACUAAAUAAGUCAAACACAAAAGGGAGGGGCUAACUUAUAAGCACGUGGCCUGCUGGGACCCAGACCCCUGAAACAUAAUUUUUUUUUUUUAGACGCGAAGCGACCCAAGCUAAGAAAGAGGCUGAAAGUCAAGGAGAUGUGGUACAAGCGUUAAGAAGGGAUCUGGCGGGUGCAGCAGCACGCAUGUCUGAUAUGGCCGGCGAGUUAAGCGAUAAACAGAAACAGAAACUGGAACAAUACGAGGAGAGGAUACUAGAGCAAGACACUGAGCUGGAAGAACAAAGAAAACAGCUCGUGAAAGAGGUGACAAUAUUCAGUAUUCAAUACGUGUUACAUCGUGAUAGUUAUAUUUUCGUUUCACUAAUAUGAUUACAGUUAACGUAAAAUUAAGCUUUCAGUACUUGAGGUUUUAGCAUUGAUUAAACAUUGCGCCGUUUAUUCCAGGUAGUCCGUACAUUCUUGUUUAGUUACUUUUAUUAAAAUGUCUGGUUUAGUGCUUUGUGUCUGCGACCUUUCAUGCAAAGGUCACAGAGGCUUUGACUAAAUUCCCUUCACCAAUAAAUCACUUGAAAACUUCUUAAUAUCUCCGAUGUUAUUAGAAAUACAGUUUUUAAAGUAUGAAAAAAAUCUCCUUCAGAUAUACAUUUAUCCGUUUAAUUCUUUCUUUUCCAUGUCAGUCUACUUCGGACUUCGACUUCCUGUCUGUUGGAAUUUCUGUCUAGCUUGUCACGCACCACUAAAGGAGCUUCAGUUAAUUCACCAUCAGUUUAAUUGCGCUAAAGUCAAGUUUAAUCUUUUUUUACCAGUUAUUUGGUUUUCUCUACAGAAUCUCAUGACAGGUGAAUUACACGCUCUUGGACUGCGAUGUCGAGGAGAGAGACAUGAGCUAGUGAUAGCGAGGCAAAAAGAGGCUCUGGCAGAACUCAGAGGCCGAACAAAAACACUGGAGCAAUUUAAACCACCACGUAAGUCUUGAAAGUAAAUUUGUCUUAUACAUGAUAGACUGACGUCCUUGAUCGCAGGGCCUAAACAAGAACUUUGACGAAAUCCACAUGGAUAAAAAACAUACAUAGCUUUUUAUAAAACUUGAGCGCAAACACAUUACAUUCAUUCUCCAGUCUGUUUCAAGUGACAAAAGAGCAGAAGAUUUGGAGUGAAAAUUAUGCGAAAGACGUCCCUUAUUUUCUUUUGUUGCCACGUGAAAUGGGAGAUGUCUGCACGCAAACUAUGUCUCCACUUUUCGGGAAAAAACUCUUGGGUAAUACGCUUGGUUGCGUACAAACCUUGACAGUAGCCUGAUCAAGGCCACCGCCCUCUUUCUCAGAUCGAGCGCCUUCUUAUUUUCGCUUGGCUUGUGUUUAUUUGGCGAGGUCCCUACAUACUGAGAGCCUGGCACAGUCUACCUUGACGGUGGUUGAACCAUGAAUGUCGCGAAAAAAUUUUAAAAAAAGAAGUGAUACGCAGCUGGGGCUAACCAGGCAAUGAUCUCCACAGGCAAUUUAAAAUCGGGCCUAAACUUGAAACUUUUAUCGUGCCUUUGGCCUGCGUUUCAAGCGUUUUCUACAGCUAUGUUCGAUUUCAAAAAAGGGUCGAGGAGUUCCUUUCUCUACUCUCCCCAAUUUUCCUCUGUCAUGAAAUUAAUGAGGGCGGCCGCAGCGAUACGAUCAUAAACAAGCAGCUUUUGCCCACUCUAAAAAUUCGUCUGCAUCGCAAUUUAGACAACGGUUGGCUUUAUAUACUAAUACGUCAUUUCCGUGUUCCACAGAUGACCUCACUUUUAAAAUGAGGCCAAAUUGCCAAACAUUUUCCGUGAAAAUGACUUACAUUUGUGUUAAAAGUCAUUUUCAUAUUAAAAGCUCCGCACUAACGCUCGUUUGCAAAAAUAGGUAACUUGGAAUUGGUCUACCGUGUGGCACGAAAUUUUUCCGGGUUCUAAUUUUUGCGGUUUUGGCGGGUUUUUUUUUCCAGCGAUCCGCAAAGAUAAGUUCCUGCAAAUAAAAAUUACCGCAACAUUUUUUCCGCAAAAAUUUACUCCAGAUUAAAUAUUCUCUAACUUAAAUUCGCUAAGAAAUCGUGUCUGUUCAAUUACAACUCAGCUGGCCUCCCAAGAAGAGGACUACCACAAAAGCAAAGGCGAAAUGCAUGCUUAGGUAACAGACGUAACAGUGUGAUGCUCUUCUAAUUCAUGGAGUUCUGCGCUUGCGUUUCUUCAUGACUUCAUAUUAAAAAGCGACGUCCUUUUGGCGCGUCACGUGUUCUGUCAGGAAGGAUUGCGUGACAAAGGGUCCCGUGGUCAUAGCGGACUACGCGUAGUCCCUGGUUAUUUUCUUAGGAAUAGUAAAGGAAGCCAAUUACUCAAGCGCGCGAAAAUCACGACCCGAGUGUCACCUUCUUCGCGGGUGGCGAUUUUCACACGCGCUCGCGUUAUUCGCUUGCUGUACUAUUCCUGAGUACAUUUGAAUAUCAGCGUGGCAGGCGAAGGGGUAGGAAAAGAGAGGAAAAGGGAGGUUUCCCCCCUCCCCCUCUCCCUCCCAUUCUUGUGCCUGUCAUGCAGGCUGUCACUGAGAAGAAUGAUGGGCUACUCGUAGUCCACCCUAGUCAUGUCGUUUGUAGAGUGAGUCCUUGCUAUUAUUUGCCCUCUAUACUUUCACAAGACUUUGUUGUAUGACAAAAAUAAUCAUUUUUGCUCACUUGAAAGAUUUCAAGUAUGAUCCAGCAAACUAAAGAGGCUGAAAAUCAUGGGCCAUUGUAAGAGUGUGUCAUAGAUCCUUCUUCCCCUAUUUAUUUUAAUAAUUUAAUAUUCCGCGAAUGAACGGUUACAUGUUCAAAUGCUAUAGCAUGCUCUGCAUGCCGUGAUAGUCGUUUGUGAAAUGCCUUUUAUCUGUUUCCUUGUAACAGCUCAGAGUUCGUCGUGAGCAGGCUUCUGCCAGUCUCGCUGAAACCGAUUUGGAAAAAGGCGCUCACCAGCAAACAAAGGAAGCAUUAGAUCUCAGUGAAAAGACGGUGAGUUGAUUUUAAUAUAAACACGAAAAAAUUAGUGAGGAGUAUAAGAGCUUGAGCAAAGGCGUUAUUGAGCGUCCGAAAUUAAUGGCUUGACGCUAAUAAAUGUACGCUCCGGUCAUCAUUCGCCGUUAAAAAAACGACUUUGCAUGAGCGCCUUAUUGGCAGCUUUUUGCAGAAGUAAAUACAAAGACGGGGUAGUCUGUCAAGAGUGCCUUACUGCAAAUAGUUCACAUGCUGUGUUAUAAUAUAAAGGUGAAAUAUGGUCUUUCAUGAAAAUUGAUUCAACUUUCAAUGUUAGUUGAUAGAAGAUAGUGUCGUUUCAUCUUUUUUUUCUAGAGUAAAAAAAACUAAAAGAUACCUAAUUCGUUCCAUGAAAAGGAAGAACGAAAAAGGAAAUGAACGUACCCUCUACCGAAAUGAAAUGUACGUACCCUCUACCGUUACCUUUCGAACGCCUGGCACGGUACCAAACGCUGUUCGGAAAAUUAGCUCGCGCUCCUCUGGGAGGACUGAGGGAGCGGCGGAAAUCGAGUCCAUUACUUCGGAGACUGCAAGGCUAUUCUUGCGUCGUUUUAUUUGAGCGCGUCACUCCUCUGUCCUCCAAACACGCAAAGAAACAAGUUAUUUUAGUUGCUUAAGUCGUUAUUUUUCCAGGCUUUUUUUAACUGUAACUGUUUUUUCUUUUCGCAGUAUCUGAAGUUGGCUCGAACACUCGGUGCACUGCUUGAAAUAGACUCGUUACCAGGUUGUCGCUCAAUGGCGCACCUCCCAGUGGAGGAAAGAGAGAGACUGGAACUAGACAGGACCAAGGUAAUUUGAGUUUCAAUUCCUGCUUAAAAAUACGACCUGUGUACGCCGUUACAUGUACAUGUGUCUUUGUUUCACAAUGCUAGAAUAAAGGUACUGAAGAUACCACAACACGUAAUCGUUAAAAAAGUACCAAUGACACUUAAAUAGUCGAAGCUUUCUUAACGGACGCUUGCGCAAGAGCUGAGGACGGCUCUACUUGUGGUCGGGUCGACCAAAAAACUCUCCUUUUACUCGCCAUUGAAAAUCAGUUAAUAGCGCCUUGAGUAAGAUCUGCAAUAUUUGUGUUUUUAAUAGACUGCUCCAAGAGUGUGAUAAAAGCCAAUUGGCGUAACAUGCCCGGAACCUGUGCGAUAUAUUUUGGAAGAUCAUUUCAGUUCCACUAGGCCAACAGAAAAGAGAUAUUGAAGUUGAAUUUCUUAGUUGAAAGUUAUUUUCCUUAACCCAUUCGCAGAAGAAUCAACACACAAGUCAACAUAUUGUAAUUAGGUGGUUCAUUGUUUUUCUUCGUCUAUUUCCUGAGUGAGCGGAUAGUUAAUUGUUUUGCUUUAGUUUUGUUUCAUGUCUGAGCUCCCGUCUUUUGUACCCAUUCUUUUGAGUGAUUUCUAUGAGGUUUUAAUUUUCCCUUUAAUUUAUUUCCCUUUGAAUAUCAGGCUGUGGAGCUGAUGGUCACUAAAGUUCAACAGAUGAACGAUCGAAUGGAAAGAAAAGUCCAGCUUCUGGGUUCUUAUGAAGAUGACUUGGUGCAUCUAAGGUAAAGAGACAAGAAACAAAAUAAGUAAAUUAAUAAAUGCACUUUAUUUGAGUGUCAAGAACGAAAGUACCAAUUGGGGACACUAUUUUUACGUCUCCUACUGGAGACGGGACCGCCGUUUUACGUGGUCAUCCGAGCCACCCGACGGUCUAGCCGCUCACACUGCAAAGGGAGUACCUUCAUUUCUUAGUCAAUUUAAGACCCUGAGUGUUGGUCCGGUCUCGGGAAUCGAACCCGCGACGACCGCGACCUCCCGCUCUGCAGUCAAGCGCUCUACCGACUGAGCUAAUCCUGCUGCGGUUAUAAAAUGUCUUAUAAAAAAUGCUUUUAAUUUAACAUCACCUUAGACCGUUCACAGUCCCCUAUUUUUGGUAAGAUCUUAAGGGUCGAGCUCUGACCGGUACGGGCGACUAUCUGGGUCUCAUAUGUACCGAGCGGGCGGGCGUCGGGGUCCCCGCCCCUUAACUAGAUUUCACGGUCAUCCCAAGACUGGACUCGGAACAUUUAAAACUAAGAUGGCCACCUGAUCCCGACGAUUUUACGAAAACAUAGUUGACUGAUAACAGUCUAACAUCACACAAUUGUUCUGGAACGCUAAAACCCAGGCAAAUAUCCUGAAUUAAUCCGCGAUCAAUUCCAUAAUUCUCAUCGCCUGUCUUAUAAUGGUCUCGGUUAUAAAAGGAGAAUUUCAAACGAUAAAAGCAAAGCUCCUGUUACAUCUUGUCGUCAUGGCCUCGUUCUUCUAUUUUCCUUGAUUUAUAGACUGUUCAUAGUCCCCUAUUUUUCAGUAGGAUCGUCGAGAUCGAGUACUUACCCUUGGGGGCAUCCAGCUUGGUUUCGAUUGUACUGGGUCUGGCCUGGGGAUUUCCGUCGAGUAACAAAUCUACUUAGGGGGCGGGGGAAAGUUUAGCAGGAGACGCGAAAAAUUGAUGUUUCUCUCCCUUGCCUCCCGCCACCGCUAAAACCCCGACACCACCCGACCCUCGGUACAUUCGAAACCAAGAUGGUCGCCCGUAACGGACUCGUAACGUUAAGUGCUCGAUCUCAACGAUGUUAUGGCAGAAUAAAGGACAGUGAACGUUUAGAAGGCAAGGUAAUAUGUCGGGAAGGUAAAUGUGCACACCUAUAUAAAAUAAAUAGAUGGAAAAAGUGAAGAUUUUUGUGGUCGAAUUACGCGAAAUAUUUCGUCCUUCGUUUCAGAAAUAGUGAGACAGUGGCAGGACAGAAAACGGCUGAAGCUACAGGACUUAAGGUUGGCUUGUUGCUCGGAUAUUGUUAGUUGCAGUUGUGUAGAACGUCUCCUUCUCUUCAUUAUAAGAUGAUGUAACAUCUGUUUGUAGCGCAUCCCUUAGCCUUUGUAGCUGGCGGGAUUAGCGGGAGUGCUGUAGUUUUUUGGCGGCGGAGCCGCGUGAAGAUUAAGAACCCAAGCAGCUUUACCGCUCGCUUCGCCAAUAAAUUACCCCGGGCACAAGCAUCCCGCCCGCAACGCAGGCUACCGCAUCCCUCUCUAAUAACUUUGUAGGAAGAGAAGGCUAAAUAAUGGAAUCAACGUUAAAUUCUCCUAACCUAAAAACUCUUUGUUUACGACUGUUUUCAUCAAGGCUCUUACUGACAUAGGACAUUAGCGUUAAGCCGUGAAGUUAUUGCCAUAAAGUCUAUAAAGGGUCAUAGGGAAGUGGAUUGUAUGAUUCAUUCCUUUCAUUGGUUAAUGUGCGGGGCCCAGUUAUUUGAAAGCCAAUUAGCGCUGAACCGAGGUUAAAUUUCAAUUCGGCUUUCUUUUUCUUUUGAUCAAAAGCAUUUUUUCGAAUAAUUUUAUCUAUUCCUUUGAGAGCAUCCAAUCAUCAAAUUAUAACGAAAUUUAUUAAACUGAAUUUGAUUUUUAAGCUUUCGUAUCUGAAUUCAAAUUUCCUACUUACCCUGGGUUAUCUUAAUCCAGCUUUGAACAUCCCUGCCCAGAUUACAUUAAAGCUGUCUUUUUUUUGCUGGAGUUUUUCACUCUGAUUUUGUCGUAUUGUACCACAUAGAUGGAUGUUCGAAAUCGCCAGGAAGAGAUCGCCUACCUUAGGGCAUCAAUGAGUAGAUUAAGAGACGACCUGGAUCAACAGCGGAGUCUUAAUGUUUGUUUAAAGGAAAGAAAGGUAAGAUGGUUGCACACUUUGUACACUUUUUCCACUUAAUGUGCUUGAACCAAGUAACCAUCUUGACAAACAGUUUUAUUUCUAUUCUACGUGUGACCACAGGUAACCCAAGCUCACAGUAAGAACCCGUAAAGAACACUACCUUACACAGCUAAUUAAUAAUGGUAUUAAAUAGGACUGAGUGGAGUCCAAUUCGGUCGUUAAUCAUACGAGUGAUAAAACUUAUUUGUUUAAUCAUGAGUAUGAUUACAGACCGAAUUGGACGACACGAAGUUCUGUUACCAGUUAAUCAUGACUAUAACAAAAUUUGUGAUUUUUUAGGUUUUUUUAACAAAGCACAUGAAAUUCCGAGAGUUUUUUGCUAGCAGUGACAAAAAAAGCCAUUUAAGCGCGCGCGUGAUGGUGCCUACUGUCCAAUUACUUAGGCAUGACGCGUACUGUCCUAUUAGUGCUGAAAUCGGUAGGUACAAUUGAUAGCCAAUCAGAUUUGAGGAUCGGCGGGGCUAAAUGCAGGGUGCAUUCGCAGGCUAGAAAACUGCCCGUGAGAGAAAAACUAAAUGUGGUCUCCUUCAUUCUCGUAUCCGAUCUACUCUCACUUAAAACGCAGAGAGUUUUGAAAGGUUUGUGAAAGAACCUUGUCGGCAAAAAUCAACUAACUUUGUUGGCUUUUUUUUCCUAUGUCCAGAAAUUCGCCAUGGAUAUGGAUGAGCGUGAUACAAAGAGACAAACACAUAGCUGUUACAUGGACGAACACACCAGAUACAAGAUGCUGAAUGAUAAGUAUAUAUACUAUAUAAUAUACAGUAAAUAUUGUUUCACCGUCCAUGCACUUGUUAGUUGUGGCAAAGUUCCCUUUCGUAAACGGUUGCUGCCAUUUUUAAGACACUUGUUAGAACAUUUUUGACGCGUGAUUGAGAGUGUUUCUAUUAACAAGAAGGUCAAUCGUAACCCAGGGUCGAACCCAGACCUUUCCUAUCCUAAUCCUUCUCCCUUACCACUAGACUACAGCACCGACGCGACAAACUUGGAAAAAUUUCAGUACAAAAAGUAGUAAACUGUCUUUCUUAAAACUGAUGCAUCAAUAACAGGGGACGCUAGCCUUCCGCGUUCACGGAGCGCGUUGUACCAGCAACGCAGGCGUUUGAUUGUUCGUUAAAUGAUGGAUGUUAAUUUGCGUUGACAACGGGUUUAGUUUAAGUUGCCGACACUGACAAAUCGUUGACAAGUCGUCGUUUCUUUUAAACGUACGCUUUCAUAACACAUAAGGCACGUCUUGCUCAAACACACGAAGGAUUUUUGGUAUUUUGCGCAUGAAUCACGUAAGCCAACAUGCUUCUGAAGCAGCCCGGCCAGUGAUGUAAUUACAGUCUCUCUAUUUUUCUCGCUUCCUCCCAAACCGCCCCCCGCCCCCUUAGUAGUUUUGACACUCAUGCAAGAUGGCAGCCCGUAACGCAAAGCUCUCGAUCUCGACGAUCUUACGGGAAAAUAGGUGACUGUGAACAGUCUACUGCGCACGCUCUUCUUUGCUUCUGGCCUUAUUGUAACUUAAUUAAUCCAGGGAAUAUAUUACAUGUACCUUACCAAUGGUAGCGUCGACCAUUAAAAAUGGCAACGACCGUAACGAAGGGGAAAUAUGCGUCGUCGUGAUCCAUUACCUUUAGUGAAUGAUUAUGGAGAUGACUCAGAUGCCAAGACAAAGCAUCUAUAAUUCUUAUUCUGCCUCAGCCUUCGGCUCAAUUAAUAACACUUACCUCGACCUUGAUUAUUCCUAAUAUCACAGGAACCUCAUCCAAUAAUUGUUUAUAACUGUGUAUGUAAUUUCCGUUACAGGAGGAACUUAAAAAGAAAAAGGCAGCAGAGAAACUUAAGAGGAAAAAUUACGAAAUAGAGUGA